UUCUAAUAAUCAAUAGUAGUAUACAUGUAACCUCUCAUUUACAAUUGUAUAGUGGCCACUGCACAAUGUCCUAUUUUGCACACAAGAAUCAAGUCCAACUAUUCUUCAGUGUCUUAGUGCAUAAAUCUUUUGGUGCUUUUGUGGAUGCUAAUCACAUCUUUUCAAUGUUUAAUCUCCAGGGUUAAAUAUUUCAAAUAAUUAGGUCAAAGUCCAUGUUCAUAUUCUCAUAUUCUUCUAAGCUAUAAUUCUUUUUUGAUAAAUAUGAGUUUUUCCCUACCAUUACUCAUUUUAAUUACUCUGUUUUAUUUCAUAAAUUUUGCUGCAAUUUGAUCCCACAAAAACUAGUUCUACAAUCCGCAGCAGUCAAAUAUCGAUCGUGAAAUCAUAAUUGCAUCUUGUUCUAACAAUCGAUAUUUGACUGUAGAGGAUUAGGAUCCGCCACUUUUAAGUGAAAAAUACUAAGAGGCUGGAAUGAGAAAAUUCAAAAGUACUAAGGGAUAUUUUGGUAAUUUGAAAAGGGCUAGCUAGGAACAUUAGCUGGGGACCUCUUCUUAUAUAUCAAUAGUUAGGAAAAGAAAAAAAGCAAUAAUAAUUCCCUCUCCAAUUCUUAUUUAAAACCUGGAAUCCACAACAUAUUGAAGCCAAGAAACAACAUUGCAAGCAACAUCAUGACAAUGUUGUCAAACUAUUUGUACUCACUCUCACAAACACCUCACAGGCUUAGAAAAAGAAUGCUAGCAACUUGGACACCAGACCAAGAGUUCAACCAAGUGAGGCAGAGGUCAGGUGCAGACAUGAAGAGGAAGCUUAAAUGGUAUGAUCUUAUAGCUCUUGGAGUUGGAGGAAUGCUUGGUGUUGGUGUUUUUGUCACAACUGGACCUGUUGCUCUUCAUCAAUCUGGUCCUUCAGUCUUCAUAUCUUAUAUCAUUGCAGGAAUAUCAGCACUUCUUUCUUCUUUGUGUUACACUGAAUUUGCAGUUCAAGUUCCUGUUGCUGGUGGAGCUUUCAGUUAUUUAAGAUUAACCUUUGGAGAAUUUAUGGGAUAUUUUGCUGGGGCAAAUAUACUAAUGGAGUAUGUGUUCUCAAAUGCUGCUGUAGCUAGGAGCUUUACAGAAUAUUUGAGCUUUGCUUUUGGAGAAAAUAAUCCAAAUGUAUGGAGAGUUGAAGUCCAUGGAUUGCCAAAGGAUUAUAACAUGUUGGAUUUUCCAGCAGUAGCUCUCAUUCUUCUACUCACUCUUUGCUUGUGUCACAGUACAAAGGAAAGCUCCAUAUUGAACCUCAUUAUGACAGUCUUCCAUGUAAUUUUCUUUGGAUUCAUCAUUGUGGCUGGUUAUUACAAUGGAAGUUCCAAAAACUUGGUUAAUCCAAAAGGGAUAGCUCCUUAUGGUGUUAGAGGUGUUCUUGAUGGAGCAGCCAUAGUAUACUUUAGUUAUAUAGGCUAUGAUUCAGCUUCAACCAUGGCUGAAGAAGUCAAGGAUCCUAAUAAGAGCCUACCUAUUGGAAUUCUGGGUUCAGUUCUUAUAACCACUUUGCUUUAUUGCUUAAUGGCUCUGUCUUUGUGCAUGAUGGUUCCUUACAACAAGAUAUCUGAGAAAGCAUCAUAUUCAAUGGCUUUCAUCAAAAUUAGUUGGAAUUGGGCAAGCAACAUUGUUGGAGCAGGUGCAAGUUUGGGUAUAGUGGCUUCUCUCCUUGUUGCUAUGUUAGGACAAGCCAGAUACCUUUGUGUUAUAGGAAGGGCAAGGCUUGUUCCAUCUUGGUUAGCCAAAGUACACCCUUCAACAGGCACUCCAUUGAAUGCCACUGUCUUUUUGGGAUUUUGCACUGCAACAAUUGCACUUUUCACAGAGCUAGACAUAAUAAUUGAGCUAAUCAGCAUAGGUACACUAAUGGUGUUCUACAUGGUAGCCAAUGCUCUAAUAUACCGUCGCUAUGUAAUCACUAACCACACCCCCCCUUUACACACACUCUUAUUCCUAUUUCUCCUCUCCCUCGCAUCCUUAUGCUUCUCUAUAGUGUGGAAGUUCAAACAACAAUGGUGGGGUCUCUUACUCUUUGGUGCCAUCAUGAUCACCAUCACAACAUUUUUCCAGCACAUGGUACCAUGUAACAACAACCUCGUACAGCAACAAUAUGCUAAUUGUUGGUAUGUUCCAUUCAUGCCAUGGCCACCUUCUAUGUCCAUUUUUCUCAAUGUUUUUCUCAUGACUACGCUAAAAACACUCUCUUUUCAACGUUUCGCUUUGUGGGCAUGUUUCAUUACAAUGUUUUAUGUGCUCUAUGGUGUUCACUCUACAUAUCAAGCUGAAGAGAUCGAGAAUUUGGGCGGUGUUAAUCAAGUGGUUAUGAAUUUGAGUGUACCUAAUUUACAAACUAAGGUGGAAAUUCAAGUUCAUUAGUUAGUUGAUGCAAAUUAUUCUACUAUACACUAAAAUUGUACAUUUAUAUUGUGGGAUAGAAGUGAUGUUUUCUAAUGGAAUGUUGCUUUGGUGAUACUGCUA